UAUAUUCGUAUUAUGAGCGUUUUUUCUUCCGGUAUGUAGAGUUUCGAUAUGCAAAUAAUGAUUUCAUUUGCCGACAAGGAUUUCAUGGAUAAACAAAGACGCAGGGAGUAUUUUCAAUUAAACAGUGGAUUGGGAUACAGUGUCAUCAAUUAGAGAGAAACCCUAAAAAUGCAUUUCUGGUUUUUGCUAAUAUUAACACUUGGUGUAGAUGUUGCAGCACAAUCGAGCAAAGAUGCCUUCUUAACACGCAAUUUCAAACGAAAAGAGAUGCAAAAGCAGCAGUUUUCAAGAAAGGCAACAUUCAGUAAAAACGGUACAGAUUACAGUCACAAUGACACAAAAGAAGAUGAAAACAAGAAGAUUAGCAUUGCUGAUAGUUUUAAAACUGGCGAUUCUAGUAACAAACACAAUACAAAUAACACCGCAAUCGUGCCAACAAACAACCUUUCAGAAAAAGAUGAAGAAAUGGAACAUGCAAACUUUUUGACUUCAGAGGAAGAAAAUGAGUGCAAUAUAUCGAUUCCAAAUAGAAGUAUUCAGUAUUUUCAGAGCCAGCUUCUGAAAAAUGAACCGCAUUUUGUUCAGUUUCGAAUUCGCCUUACCGGAGACACAAAGCAUACAUCCUUAAAAGAUGUGUUUCAAGGUGGAAGAUGGUAUUGGACCUACAACACAUCCACUGGACCUUUCCCUUUCCUAUCUUGGAAUUUAGACUAUGGUUUACUCACGUUCGGACUUCUAGAUGCAAAAACUAUUCACAUUCCAUACGUUUAUCUCACUGUGACUUCCGGUUGUAGCAUUGAAUACGGAUCAAAUCUUACAUCUUUCCAAAUAACAAAGGCACUUGUCUCUUUAGUCAAUUUUGCAGAAGAAGAGCACGAUUAUAUCAAAUAUCGUGAAAGCUACUUUUGUUACCUAGUUAUCAACACAAAUCUACUGGGAACGCUUAGAUACUAUGCAGCUCAGUAUCUUAUAUAUCCAUGUUUAUACAUACAUUAUAAAUGUUGCACAGUGAAUUAUAAUUACACGAGUCAGAAACUUUAUCAUUCCUGUCCAGAGGGAAACAUACCAGGAGUUCGUACAUGGACUCAAACUUCUCAUGUGCCUUUCAUUUUGGAAAUUCUAUUACUAGCGUUUUGCCCAAUAACCAUGUUUAAGAUUUUUGCCUGGACUGCUAAACGCGACAGAAUCGUUGGGAAUGACUUUGAACAAAAUGCCGAAACUUCCGUCGAGGGUUUUGAAUUAAUUGAAGAGGAAGAAAAUUGGAUUUACGCUGAUGGAAUAAAAUCACCUUUAACAUUUUAUGACCUGUUCAGCUUUGACGUUUUAGGACUUUAUAAUGAAUAUCCUAUUCUUACGUCAAGACUACGUCGAUUGCUUUGUCUUAUGUUUGCACCAUUGAUAAUUUACAUUCAGAUUGCAUGGUAUAGUAGAGGAUUGGGUGUGUGGGAUGACGAUGAUAAGAUAACUGUGAAAGAUUUAGUAGAAGUUGGAUCGCCGAUAGGAUUCCUUUCGUUAUUGGUGGAUCCAGGAAACAAACAUAAAACCUUUGUCCCUGGCCUUGGAGGUCCAUUGGCUAUUUCAGUUAUGUAUUUUACAUUUGGUUUCUUAUUUAUGGUACUUCCACGUUGCUUAAAACAAAUAGUUGAAGAUGGUUUGCCAAAUUCAAACCUUUAUAUUCCAUCUCCUUUGUUCUUUGGGUAUAAGGAAAUUGUGAAAAUGUCACAGAUAAAAGUAGAACCAGAUCAUCUUAAACCUGGAUACACAAAAGGAUCAACUCUGAUGAAAUGUAGUUUUUAUUUACUUUUUACAACGAAAUUCUGGAUUAGGGUAUGGCGAAUUCAGACACGACGAGUUUCUUGUUUUGGUGAAGGUACAAAUACAAGUUUUUAUGCAGCGUUCGCUAUUUUUGUUUUGCCUUUUUAUAUAGUGUUCUGCAUUAUUGAAGUUAUCAUGUGCCUUCUAUACUACGGAUUACCAUUUUGUUUUUUCGUGGUUGUUAUGGUAAAAGGAGCAACAAGGGCUCUUGGAUACUUAAAAUAUCAAAGCAGGUUUCUAUCUUGGGUAUUUAGUUUUAAGAUAUUUAUUGUAGUCGGUGUAACCGCCGUAUUUAUAAUAUUUUCUUUGUUGGCUUACAUCGUUGGCUUGGUGUUCAUCAAAAGCUUUGGAAUAGUCACUCAAGUUCUAACAUUGUGCUUCAUUGCGGUUAUAAUCUAUCCCUCCGUAUCAUUCGGAUACCUGUUCUUUUUCGUAAUCGUCCUUUACUACUUCAUCAAACAAAUCAGAAAUUUUAGCGACGUUUAUACUGAGUUGUUAACUAUAGCAGUUGAUAAAUCGAAAGCUAUGGCACAGGAACCUUACAAUGUCACUUUGCUCGAAGGCUACUUAACUAUUUCAAAUGUCAAUUGUGGGAGCCUGAAAGGAAUUCGGAUUAACGGAAACAUUAUCAAUAACACGGAAGAUUGUUUUGUGGUUCAAGACAUCAAAGGACCUUUGACGAUCAGAGAGAAAGAUGACGUCUAUGGUAUUCCUAGAGGAUUGUUUGAUUUUCUAGUGAAAAAACACCGCCCUAUACACCAGCAAUUCUUGACAUUAGUAUUCAAGGUGUCUAUUAUGGUUGCGUUUAUUUUUCUUACUUUGAGCAUUUCUUCUAAUUACGUGACAGGUCCAACAACUGAAAUAUCAGAAGUAAUGCACGUGAUCUUUAUUGUUGUAGUCGGUGUUAUACCACAACUUAUAGGAGUUGCAUUUGCUAAUUCAAAUUCAGUUUUGGUGAGAGAAAUCGAAGAUAGAAAAAUUGAACACUCUAUAAUAGAGUACUGGUCUACAAAAUGAAUUGUUUACCAAAAUGGACCAGCUUUAGGAGACUGCUUCGCUGGAACGUUGCUGUCCCUUUUCUUUGUUCAUUUGUUUUGUAUUGAUUGUCAGUUCGUUUAACUUUUUAAGUGUUUGUGUAUAUAUCCGGAAAAUUCAUUAUUUGCACCUUCCUACCUUCGUAAAUACAGCCAUCCAGCCAUCUAUCUUUCCAUCCAUCCAUCCAUCCAUCCAUCCAUCUGCAUUUUUGGGUUCAUCUAUCCAUCCAUCCAUACAUAAAUACAUACAUAUAUACAUAUAUACAUACAUACACGCAUACACACAAACAUUGUAAUAGGGUUUGCUUUAAAGGGGACGUAUAUUUGUAACGUCUCUAUGUUCAGUUUCUUUUGUGUUGGUUUGUUUUGUUUCAUUAUAUUGCAUGUUAAGGUCCUAAAUGGAGAAUGAAUUUAUGGUUUGAAUUCUGAAAUGUGCUGGCGCUUGCUGUGUUCUGUAAUUAUACUAACACGUUUUAGAAGAUAUAAUGAAGUAUUUAAUUACUUUUAAGAAGUCAACUAAAUUGUAAACUGGCUUCAUCAUUUAUUUACUCUUUAGAAUUAUUUGAUCUAGAUAUACCAUAUUUUAUAAAACAUCAGCUUGAACAUUUCGGCCUGGGUGGUUCCAAUACUCCCACUGUCAUAGCUUUGAGUAUUGUAUAAUCACCCCUUGGAUAUUGUGCCUGCUUUUUAAUUUUGUCUUUUGGCAGUUCCUGUGAUAUGCAGGCUCCAUAACCUCAGACCCCCUUUCUAAACUCCAGUUUGUUUAGUUCUGCUUAUUGUUUUCUCGUUUAGGGCAAACAAAUUAUUUUAAAUUGGGACCAUACGCUGCUUUUCAUGGAAUUACAUGCAUGUGUAUCAUUGAAGGUCCAUGUGCACCGCCGUAUGAACACAUCUGUGGAUGUCCCUAAAAUAUUUUUGUAGCAUGUGUAAAUGUUGAGUUCUGCUGAACCCGGGGCUAGAGGGCGUGGACGGUAGCAUGCAUUUCCACUACCGUCCAUGAACAGACUCAAUCAAACCGAGCCUUCAACAUUUUCGUUUUUGUCGUGUUGAGCGACCUGUUGAGUGUUCACGUUUUCUUUUCUGAUGCGGAAAAUGAACCUAUAUCAAGUCAUCGAAAUUCUCGGAUUACAUUGCUUUCGCUUUUCAUUUUUAUGACAAAUAUGUCAUAAGGAAAAAUAAUACAUAGUCGUUUUUUAACGUCUAAACCCGAAAGUGUUUCGAGUUAGUAAUAAUCUUCCGGUUCAUGUAAGUAAUCAAUGUGAGCUAUUUUUAUCACUCACUGAAUAUCGUCCGUCAGUCGUCUAUUUUGUCCAUCAGCAUUUCCUUCGAACGAAUUCUCAUCUGAAGCCAUCAGUUGGAAAUUGAUGAAGCUUGACCUUGAUGUUCUUUGAAUGGUGCUCUUCCAAACUUCAGCUUUGGUUGUACAUAGCGGCCGCCAGACUUAAAAAUAGAAAAUUUCCUCCCCCUUAACGACUGGUCCGAUUUAAAAAUAAUUUAAUGGAAAUGAUUGUUUGGUAAUCAUCUAACAAAUUGUUCAAAAGGUGGCAUGGUUACUUUUCCCUGUAUGUAUAUAGUAAAAAGAUUUUGAAAAUUCUAUUUGUCAGAAACUGCUGUCUUGAUUUUAAAUAAUUAUACAUACAUGUUUAUUUGGUUACCCUCCUACAAGAUUAUUUAAAUUACUCAUACUCUUCCAAACAUGGCCACCAGUUUCUUUGUAUGUAAGUGUAUAAUGGGAACUUUUAGAAAAUCUAUAUCGCUACUUUAAAAUGAAAAUAUUCAAAAUCUCCUCUAAGAAACUGUCUUCCUGAUAGUAAGCUAACUAAUCGCAAAAGUUUCUUUGGUGACUCUUAACAGAGAUUGUGCCAUUUAUUCUGGUUCUUCGGACACAUGGGCCGCCAGAGUUAAAGAAAUCCAAAUAGCAUUUUGUCCUUAACUGUUGGAUUUUGUAAUAAUUUUAUAGAACAGUUUCUUGAGCCACCAUCUACAGAAAGUGUUCAGAUAUUCUAAUUUGUAAAAAAUGUCAUUAUCGCCAGUGCUAAAUAUAGCAAAUAUUCAAAUGACAUUUUCAAAAGAACUGUUCAAAUUAUACAAUUUAUUUCACAGAAAUUAAUGGCCCUCUACUAAAAUGUUUAAAGCUUAAUAUGACAAUGCUGCUAGACGGGUCGAGUUUUUCCAAACAUUCUGAGUAAUUUGGUAGAAUGUUUCUUAUUAUACCAUUUAGUGAGGGCCAUCAUGGCCUUCUUGUUUUUAACUGUUACCUAAUGCUAAUGUUAAUAUACGUGUGUUUGUAUUUCAAUUUUAUUACUUUUUAAAAUAAAAUAUUGAGAUAAAGCUUUUUUUUAUUCUAUUUGUAUCUUGUAUAUUUCCCAUUUUUUGUAACAGUGAAGCAAGACAGAGAAAUUCAUCAGAAUUUAUUAAAAUAAAUUCUAUUUUCUUUGAUAUUCUAUUAUUAUUAUUAUCAGUAUUAUUAUUAUUAUUAUUAUUAGUAGUAGUAGUAGUAGUAGUAGUAGUAGUAUUUAGGCCCCAUGUGGUUCUGGGACGAUCUGUGUAUGAAAAGAAUUGGAACCACUGCCUUACCCUUGCAUGAUCGUAAGAGGCGACUAAUAAGGUCUUAACACUUGGUUUUGCUGUAACUCUGUGAUUCCAGUAGGUAUGCAAAUUUUGAUUCCAUACCUCAUGUUUUUAUUUCGAUGUAAAUGGGAUUUGAAAUCAAAAUUUGUAGUCCUGUUUGGCGCCAUAUAACCUAUACUGUGUUGGUGCACCGAAAUAAACAAAUAAAUAAAUAGUAUUAUUUAGUUAUUUAUUUCAGGAAAAAAUGAAUUACCUGAUUGAAUUACCUGAUUGAAUUACCCUUAGCUUAAAUAAGAGAAAUAUAAUCUAAAUGGUUACAUAUAAUUAUCUGACAAUGCUGUUAUUAUUACACAAUUUGCUUGAUACAUAUACUCAUCUGACAAUGUUGUUAUUAAAUUACACAAUUUGCUUGAUACAUAUACUCAUCUGACUAUGUUGUUAUCAUUAUACAAUUUGCUUGAAAAAGGACCUAUUUGACUAUGUUGUUAUUAUUAUACAAGCUGCUUGAUACAUGUACUCACCUGACUAUGAUGUUAUUAUUAUACAAUUUGCUUGACAAAAUAACCCAUCUGAUUAUGUUGUUUUUAUUAUACAAUCUGCUUGAUACAUGUACUCACCUGACUAUGCUUUAUUAUUGUACAAUAUGCAUGAUUCAAGAACUCAUCUGACUAUGAUGUUAUUAUAAUACAGUUUGCUUGAUACACAAACCUAUCUGACUAUGUUAUUAUUAUUUUACAAUCUGCUUGAUACAUGUACUAAUCUGACUUUGCUGUUAUUAUUAUACUAUAUGCAUGAUACAAGAACCCAUCUGACUAUGUUGUUAUAAUUAUACAAUCUGCUUGAUACAUGUACUCAUCUGACUAUGUUAUUAUUAUUAUACAUUUUGCUUGAUACAUGCACUCACCUGACUAUGAUGUUAUUAUUAUACAAUUUGAUUGAUACAAGAACCCAUCUGACUAUGCUGGUACUAUUAUACAAUUUGCUUGAUUCAUAUACUCACCUGACUACGUUAUUAUUACUAUACUAUUUGCUUGAUACAUAUACUCACCUGACUAUGUUGUCAUCAUUAUAGAAUUUGCUUGAUAUAUGUACUCACCUGACUAUGUUGUCAUCAUUAUAGAAUUUGCUCGAUACAUGUACUCAUCUGACUAUGUUGUUAUCAUUAUACUAUUUGCUUGAUAUAUGUACUCAUUUGACUACGAAUAUAUUUAAAGUCAUUUAUCUUUAUUCACCAUACUAUUUGUUUUAUACAUGAAUCAGUCGGCCAAAUUGUUAAUGAAUUAGUCUGUUUUAUUGAUUUAUUAUUUGAGGCACUACAUACAUUAACUAUCAAUUUAUUUAUCAAAUUUAUUUACCUUUCUGCCACCAUACAAUUUGUUUGAUACCUAAACUUAUUUGAAUUUGUUGUUAAUGAAACGAUCUAUUUAAUUGGCUUAACAUAUUGUGUACUUCAUACAUGAAAAAUCAAAUUGUAUAUAUUUCAUUACCGAAUUCAUUUAUUUUAAAUACAUGAGCUAAUUUGACCUUUGUACAAUUUGUUCAUACACAAACUCAUUUGGACCUAUUGUUAAUGAAAAUGUCUGUUGAUCUGUCUGUUCUAUUUAUCGUUUAUAUAACGUGUCAGGUACUACAAACAUAUAAUUUAUCAAUGUG